AUGAUGAUGAUCAAGAAGUAUCUUGUGCUCACACUUGUGGUGAUCUCUAGUCCAAUCUCGAUUUACGCCGGAAAAGACCUGAUGAUAAGGGAAUGCCACAAUGCACCAGUCCCGACCAUAUGCAUGCAAUGCCUCGACUCCGACCCAGCCUCCGUCCGUGCCGCUGACCCUGUUGCUAUCGCCGGCAUCUUGAUAAACUGUCUCGACUCUCAACUCCAUAUCCUCGCCAAGCAAGUUUUCGCUUAUAUCUAA